CAGAGGGUUGGAAGAAAGAAGAGAGGCGGAGAAAAGUGAAACAAGGAAAACAGAGGAGACAAAACCCACCGAAUUAGAGGCGAAGUGUGAGAGACGGGAGAGAGGACAGAAAGAAAGGGGGUUUGGGGUGGCCAAUAGAGAGAGAGAGAGAGAGAGAGAGAGAGAGCAGCACACUAUAGAAACGAAAGAAAGCGACAAGACCGACGGACAGCUGACCCCGGGAACCACAGAGAAAGAUGCACGCCGUCAUGAUGCUCGGCUGCUUCGUCUUUGCUACAACGGAGUACUUCCUGGCCUCCGCCCACAUGGUCCCUGACGAGCGACUCUCCACCAAUAGGGUCGAUUUAUCCAACUUUCCGUCUCAAAACCAUUACAAAGGCCCGCCUUCUGUUGUCAUUGUAGAGUUGCCCAAAUCAGGAAAGAACAAGAAAACCAAGAAACAAAAAAAGAUCAAGUUCGGGGUGAAGAAGCGCCCCCCUCCCCCGGCGGGCUGCGUCCCCUUGAGGGGAAGCUGUAAAUCUCACACCGUGUGCUGUGAUUUCUGUGCUUUCUGCCAGUGCCGGCUCUUCAGAACCGUCUGUUUCUGCCGGAUGGGAAACCCUCGCUGUUGAGCGUCGCUGUUGAGCGUCGCCGUCCACGUCGCGGCUCGCCUCCUUGAAGUGAACGCCGUCCCGCGAUCGAUCGCUUCUCGUCUUUGAUUUGUGACUCUGCCGAAAAAAUUCUAUGCAUGAAAGCACUUUAUUGCAGAGGACUGCUCCACGCUCGAGCUUUCCUGAAAUCUUCCAGGGUGAAGGAGGCCAGCUGCUUGUGCGACUGCGAUGCCACUCACCAAAAUAUGUUUCUUUUUUUUUUGCUUUUAGCAUUUAAUGAAUGUUUGCUCCAACAGUUGUUUUAUAUUGCAUUAUUUUUUACACAGAAAUACAUGAAUGCACAAUAACACAAGCCUUAAAAGA